AUGUGGAAUUGGAGAUCAUGUCCUAUUGUUGCUAGUUGUUCCUCUGAACUAGAACGUCUAGUCAACGACAUGGAUUCGAUACGAUUACAACAUGGGGUCGAUCGGCUGUCAUGUUUACUAUCGGCGGAUGGAAAAUAUAGGGUGGACCUCCUCAGGAAAAAGAUUGAUCAGUGCUUCACCGCAAAUGUACACCAUUUUCAAAUAAGUUGGUGUAAACUCAUUCCAAUUAAAAUAACUACAUUCAUAUGGCGUGCUGUGAUGGGGAAAAUACCGUCAGCUGUAGCCCUCUCCUAUCGUGGGGUUACUCUCGACACUUGUAAUUGUAGCUCAUGUAUUGGUGGAAUUGAAUAUGUAAAUCAUAUUUUGGUGGAAUGUCCUUAUGCGAAGUCAGUCACGAAGUCCAUACUUAACUGGUGCGGAAUAGAUCAGAUUGAUUUCCAUAAUGUAGAAGAGAUUACUUGUUUUGCAGCCAACUGGGGGAGAUGCCCUAAGAAAAGGGAACGGUUAACAGCCAUUUGCUAUGGGAUGCUGUGGAGUAUAUGGAGAGCUAGAAAUGAUCGGAUAUUCCAAGCAAAAUUCAUCACUCCAAAUGGUGUGGUGGACAAUAUCAAAGCUUUAGUUUAUUUUUGGGUAAAAUGUAGAGGUGAAUGUGGUUUUUGUAACUGGGAAGAGUGGCUCUCUUGUCCUUUUUCGUCUUAG